UGGGUUUUAUUUUUGUUACGUGUGGUGGUCUUUCUACAGUAUAGAUUCUUUGGAGAGCCUGUGGUAGCAGCUUGUGUUGAAAAUGGUGCCAACUGCAUUGACAUCAGUGGAGAACCCCAGUUUCUGGAAGAAAUGUACCUGAAAUACCACGAAAAAGCUGCGGAAAAAGGAGUAUACAUCAUCGGAAGCUGUGGCUUUGACACUAUACCAGGCGAUAUGGGAGUACUGUACACCAGAGACAAGCUGAAAGGUACCUUAACUGCUGUUGAAAGUUUCCUGAAGGUGAAAUCUGGGCCUGAGGGUUGUUGUGUACAUGAUGGGACCUGGAAGUCAGCUGUUUAUGGCCUUGCGGAUCAAGACAACCUGAGGAAGCUUCGAAAAAAGAUAGGCUAUGCCCCUGUGCCAGUAGUUGGUGCAAAACUUAAAAAAAGGGGAUUUCUGUUUUACAAUCGGGAAUUCAAAGAGUACUCCAUUCCAUUCAUGGGAGCUGAUGUUUCCGUUGUGAAACGGUCUCAGCGUUAUUUUUACACAGAGUUGCAGGAAACACCUGUGCAGUAUAGUGCAUAUGUGAACAUAGGUAGUCUUGGCUCUGCUAUCAAGCUGAUGUUUGCUGGCUUUUUAUUUCUUCUUCUUGUGAAGUUUAGCUUUGGAAGAAAACUUCUGACAAAAUACCCAGAAUUUUUCUCUGCUGGACGCUUCACAAAGGAAGGACCAACCCAGAAACAGAUGGAUGGAACCUCUUUCACGAUAACUUUUUUUGGCGAGGGUUACAGUGAGGGGCAAGAUCCCCAGAAUGGCAAACCAAAUGUAAAGAUCUGCACUGAAGUGAAAGGACCAGAGCCUGGCUAUGUUGCUACACCAAUUGCAAUGGUUCAAGCUGCUGUAACUCUUCUGCAAGAUUCAGCUUAUCUGCCUAAACAGGGUGGUGUAUAUUCUCCAGGAGCUGCCUUCUCCAAAACAAAACUGAUUGAUCGCCUCAACAAAUGUGGUGUUGAGUUCUCUGUCAUUAGCAAGCCUGAAGUCUGAAGUCAAAACAUAACUGUGUGAACUAACACCUUUCCUGGGUCUAACUCUAAUAAAUCUCCUUUGGCUGUAAAAACUUAAUCAUAAAAUAGUCCCACUGUGCUAUUGUUUACAGCAAAAACAGACGAAAAAUUGAGUUAAAAGCUGUACUAUUUGUUAUAGUGAGCCAAAGCUGUAAAGGACCAUAAAAAGUUCUAAUUGACAAGCAUAUUAAAGCAGUGACUUAGUGGGUACUAGUUCUAGGAUUUUGUUUGAUCUCUUUCAUCUGAGUUCUAAGUUACUCUGUAAUGUAACCACUAUAGCAUCCGCUUCACAAUUAACCACAGUCUUCUCGCUUUGCCUGAUCCCACAACUACAGAAAGCAGGCAGGCCCUGGGUCAUGGGUUCCUGAGGGGAUGAAACCACCAGUGAGGGCUUGUGCCUGCUUGGGAUGGGUGCUGUUACUUGGUGGCAUUCUUACUUUCCAAGCCUUAGUGUCCCUAGAGAAAUAAAAAGAGUAGUUUAAGGAA